AUGGAUCGGAUCAGCAGUUUACCGGAUGAGCUCCUCUGUCAUAUAUUGGCCUUCUUUACGACAAAGGAGGCUGCUUUGACUUCGGUUCUCUCCAAGAGGUGGCGCGAUCUGUUUGCUUCUGUCCCUAAUCUUGACAUUGAUGACUCUGUCUUUCUUUAUCCUGAAGAGGGUAAACGUGAAAAGGAAGUAGUUCUUCAGAGCUUCAUGGAUUUUGUCGAUAGAGUAUUGGCAGUGCAGGGUGAUUCACCCAUAGAGAAAUUCUCCCUGAAGUGUCAGACUGGUGUUGAUCCAGAUCGUGUGAAUCGGUGGAUAUGUAACGUGCUUCAGCGUGGUGUUUGCCACAUGGAUCUGUCCAUCGGUUUGGGACAUAGAUAUCUGCUUCCUUCAGAAGUUUUCGUGAGCAGAACACUAGUUGAGCUGAAAAUAGGAAGUGAAUUUCCUAUGAAUUUGCGGCCUGGACACAUUUCAUUACCUAUGCUUAAGACUCUAACUCUUGACUCAAUGUGGUGUUAUAAUGGUCAGCUUCAGGUGCUACUUUCUGCAUGCCCUGCACUCGAGGAAUUAGACAUCCCAAACAUACGUUUGUCAUAUGGGAAGGAGAUCGUGUCAAGUGCAAGCCUCAGGACUUUAACAAUCGACUCUUCCAAUUUCUUUCACGCGUUUUCUUUUGACACACCGAGUCUUCUUUGCUUAAAGUACUCUGAAUUAGUUGCCUGGGACUAUCCAGUAGUUAAUUUGGACAACUUAGUUGACUCAUAUCAAUCUUAUGCUGCUAACUUUUGA